GUGUCGGCCAGGUUUUAAUCUUAUCUUAAACCUAUAAAAUUUAGUCCAACAACGUAGCGGCCGUGCCGACUCGACUCGACAGCAUGUCCCAUUAACAGCCGCCAACGCACACACCUUCCUCCUUAAAUACCCACUCAUCAUCCUCAAUUUCACCACCACCACCCAAAGAAAAAAACAAAAAAAAAACCAACACUAUGGGUGCACAACACCACCACACCACCCAAAACUCAUCAACCCGAAAACCCCAAAAUACGAAACCUUACCGAGGAAUUCGCAUGCGAAAGUGGGGCAAAUGGGUUGCGGAGAUUCGUGAGCCGAACAAGCGCUCACGAAUCUGGCUGGGUUCAUACUCCUCGCCUGUGGCCGCGGCGCGGGCUUACGACACGGCCGUGUUUUAUUUACGCGGCCCGUCGGCUCGGCUUAAUUUUCCGGAUAAGAUUGGGGAUGAUGGGUGCGGGUUGUGUGAUUUAUCUGCGGCGGAUAUACGGAAGAAGGCGACCGAGGUUGGAGCGAAGGUGGACGCGCUGCAGAACGAGGGCACGGGCGCGGGCGCGUGUCAAAAGUUAUGUGAGACUGAAAGCUAUUCGGGUCGGGUUUGUUUGAACACGGAUUUGAAUGAGUACCCGAGUCCGGAAUCUUCGGAUGAGAAUGAUGAGAAUUAACGGUGUGAUGAUGAAGAAGGCUGGUUGUUGUUUAUAUGUGGGUUGACGGCGUUAGUUUCAGAGGGAUGGACAGUCGGACGGGUCCUGUUUUUUUAUUAUUAUUUGGUGGGUCGGGUCGGAUCGGGUUAGGGGUUAGUUUAUGCAGAUGGGUAGAUUGGAGAAUCCGAAAGGGAUUAUAUGUUAACGUUUUAUUUUCCGAAAACUAAAAAGGAAGGGAAAAUUCUGGUA